AGUGAAAGCUGACGCUGCAGAUUGUACACUACCUCCUUCACACACGCUGCUCCGUAUCGCGGCUGCUGAUCGAUCCUGUAACAGCCUCUAGCCUCGGCCCAGCUUGCUUCCGUCCACGAGCUGAAGCGGUAUAAUACCUAGAUGCCCGAGCGUAGAAACAACCCUAUCUUUCCAUAGCCAGCUCAGCAUGGAGUCUCAAGAUAGUAACACGGCCGCGACUGUGCCUCCACCCAUUGUGACUUCAGUACCUCGACCAGCACCCACACAACUACCCUCACCACCACAUUCACGAUCCGACCACAUGGCCGACCCCAAGCCCUCGAUGGAUGUCUCCGAUAACACGACUCCGCCCUUCUCACCCUCGAGCCAGACACCUGUCCUGCAGAAAGAGCAGGAAGAGUUUGAGGGUACCGCCCAUGUCAACAACGACAUACCGACACAAAAGGACCUGAGCGCCGUCGGCGACUUCCUCAUACUGGACGCCCAAGGCAAAAGCACACCGUUCAAGGAUAUCUACCAGGCACCGCAUGUCGCGUCACGACAGCUGAUCAUCUUCAUACGGCACUUUUUCUGUGGGAACUGUCAGGAAUACAUCCGCACGCUCGCUUCAUCCGUAAAGCCCGAAGACCUCCUUGCGCUACCCACACCUACGUCCAUCACUGUCAUCGGAUGCGGCAGGCCCGAUCUCAUACCCAUGUACAUUGAGGCCACGGGCUGUCCCUUCCCCAUCUACGCCGAACCUACGCGCAAGCUCUACGACCAUUUGGGUAUGACACGCACCUAUAAUCUCGGCUCGAAGCCCCAAUACAUGCAAACUCACUUGCUCAUCAACUCGGUUCAAUCAAUAUUUCAAGGCCUCAGCACAGGCAGAAAAGCGCUAAAGGGCGGCGACUUUAAGCAGGUUGGCGGAGAGUUCAUGUUCGAGAACGGAGAAUGCACAUGGGCGCAUAGAAUGAAGACUACACGAGGCCAUGCCGAGGUGUCAGAACUGAGGAACUUGAUCGGGCUGGAUGGCACACGGCCGCCUAUUCGGAGGAAGUGGAGUCACGGUGUCAAAGGGCAGGAGAAAGAACGGAAGAGGGUCAUGAGUUGGGGAAGACUUCGAAGUAGGAGCAAGAGCACCCAGGACUCUUCGAUAGACGGUAGUAGGGCGGCAACGCCGGAAAAGAUUGUAGAAGAGGACCCUAAGCAACUUGCAGGGCACUCUACGGCUUGAGCGGCUAUGGCGAAAGGUAUGAAGCAUUUUGGAGCGAGGUGCAGGGGUUCGAUUAUGAGGGUUAGCUUUAUACCAAGACAUUAUGCUUACUGGA